AUGAGGAUCCUCAAUCUCCUUUACGUGCUUGUCACAAUCAAACUUGGCUCCUGCGGCUACGAUAAAAGGUUUCACCCAGAAACCGAAGAGAUUUCCGAUAUUAUUCCAAUAGGAGGUAUAAAUGAUGAAGAUCAGAUUGAGGAUACCGAUAAUGAAUCCACAGAUUAUAGUGAAGAAGAAAUGAGCAGUGCUGGCGAAAGUGAUGAUUUGGUUGUACUAGAUUUUGGUAUAACGAUAGACCUUCAAAAUCCAAAUUUAGGCCAAGUAAUCGUAGAAAAUAGAGGAAAUAUCAAUGGAUUCUGCAAGUUUUACAGCUUUGGAAAUAAUUUUGUCAGUAAAGUCACAUACGGCAAUGAAGUUAUUUGGAGUUCGGACGAAGUCCAAUGCAGGCAUGUAGAGCUCUACACAAGAGAAAACAGACUAUUAGUGAGUAUUUGGGUGAACGAUUACAGUCCUUUAGACUGUGGUUAUUUUGAAAAGACUGCCUAUGGUGAAUGGAGAUCAAUCCACUUCACCGAGUUUGACACGACCCUGCGUGAUAUGAUGAAUGAAACUCCGAAAAGUAUAAAUCAACCAGUCGCAGGCGAUAAUGGAAAAGUCAUGUAG